AUGGCAACUCCCACCGCCCCCCUUAGUUCGCUCAUUGACCGCAAGGUGAGCGCCUUGACGAAUUCCCUCAAUAAAGUCAAUGUCGAAGCCAAACCAGCCUCGGGCUUCAUCGACACAGAGGAAGCCCUCACGGAAGUCCUCAACAGUCUCGAAGGUCUCCCAACCAAUCCACCAUCACUAUACGUCGAUCUCGAAGGCGCCAAUCUUUCCCGCCACGGCACUAUCUCGAUCAUGCAACUUCUCAUUCAUCCACCAACAAGACGCACCUCAUCGACAUCCACACGAGACAAGAUCGGCCUCUCACUCAAAGACAUCUUAGAAUCCGGCACCAUCCCCAAGGUCUUCUUCGAUGUGCGCAGAGACUCGGAUACCCUCUUCAGCCACUAUGGCGUCCGUCUAUCUGGCAUCCAAGACCUCCAGCUCAUGGAGCUCGCCACGCGGGCCUUUGGACGACGAUACGUCACAGCUUUGGCGAAGUGCAUCGAGAAAGAUGCCAACUUGAAUUACACCGAGAAAAAGGCUUUCACUCAGGGCAAGAGCAGAGGCAAGAUGUUGUUUGAUCCGCAGCUGGGUGGUUCGUACGAGGUGUUCAGUCAGCGGCCCUUGUCGGAGGAGAUCCUGAAGUACUGUACCAACGAUGUCAAGUUCCUGCCCCGACUGUGGUCAAUCUAUGACCGGAAACUUACGGUCGCGUGGAGAGAGCGCGUUCGGGUUGCGACAAAUGAGCGAGUGGCUCUGUCGCAGGGGGUGAUGUUCAAUGGGCAGGGGCAGCACAUGGCCUUGGCGCCGGUGGGAUGGAAUGAAAUGCGCUGA